GGUAGACCCGCGUUGCUCCUGUAAUAGCAAGGCAUAGCUAAGCCACUAGUCAGACUGUUGGGUGAUAUUCAAAGUGGCCGCACACCUUACACAUACACUGUCGUACGAACCUGUUCUAAAUGAAUCGGUAUGUUAGGUGAAGAGUAUUCAAGUUACUUGGCAAUAUUAAAAAGGUGUAAAACAUUGAAUAUAUUUUUUCGAUGCCGCUGUGGACUGCAAUAGUACUUCUCUGGAUAAGUUUGGCAUCCUCGAAAGACUCCGACGAAUGGUUUGUGGUCGACAUCAAUGACUGGGAGUUAGACGAAAAGUCAGAUUUUUUGGUUGAUGAGAACUUCCUAAGAAUCCCACCCAAAGAAUCUGUCAAGUCGAAGUCUUCCCAGCAUACAGUUCCGGCAGCCCAGAAGACCAAAACUGUGCCAGUGAAAACAGACACUCCCAAACAUGACGAUGCACUACACGGCACCAAGACAGCUGCGUCGAAAAACAAGUUAGCAUCGAACGAUAUACAGAAGGAGUUGGCGUCAGAAGAUCUGUUACUGCACAACAACGUGGGCCAUGUACCGCCGCGACAACCACCACAACGUCAUGCAGACAAGCAGAGCGACGUCGUGGCCAACCAACACAAGAAGGUGGACAGUAGUUCUUCAAACAACCAGCAAAACGUCCUUCCACCGGCGACUAGCGAUAUAGAAUGCGACCAGGAGAACGAUGUCGACUGUUUGUUCAGAUCGGAGGAGUUGAUACCCAUACAGACUAAAUCUAGUGCCAAAACUGCCAAAUCUGUACCAGUGACCACAAAUAGGGAUGCCAAAUUGUCACAAGCUGUCAAAAGUAGAACGAAUGAAGUGCCAAAAAGUGAAAAAGCAAAAAUUAAAAGCCAACCAACGACCAGAGUGAGGGUGACGUCAAAUAUAGGAGGAAAAGAAUCUGACAGUAAGAAAAGCAAACAUUCUCCAUUCGUUCGACGUUUACUGCAAUAUAUUAAUGACUUUCGACCGGAGCCCGAAUUGCCCGUUACGGAAAUUACCGAAAGUGAAAACGAACACCCGAAAAGCUCCGAAGGUAACGACGAGAAGAGCGUAGACUUCAUAGCGAGAGUUAUCGACCCUAGUGUGAUCGUUGAAGACGUUGACGAUGUUGAUGAUACGAGUUACGUACUCCAAGAAGGCGACGAGUUUGCUGAUGAAGAUGACGUAAGCCGAGUUAGGCGAGCUGCCAAUGACGAUGACUUGGAAUCUUCAGGUGGCGGACCCGAUGUUUCACCGAACAUCACAAUACCGACAAUACCAGAUCCGACGUUUACUGUGAAACUGAAUGUGACCCUCGAGACACAGUACACAAACGGCACAUCUCCACCGGAAAACUUCACAAAGACAUACCAAAAGUUAUUUGAGGAAAAACUAAACAGAAUUUUCGAGCAGUUUCCUGGUUUUGUGAAAGUCGACGUUAAGAAAGUCCUUUUAGACGAGAAUGGACGCAUCAAGGCCCAGUAUGAGCUACUACUGAAGCUGGGCGCCAAAGAGAAGAAGAAAGAGAGGUUACAGCUGCUGCUGCCGACGAUGUUGAAAGUGAACAACAUCACCGUCAAGGGUGACCCCGUGUACAAACCAAGCACACGUGACAUACUCAACAAAACAGUGGAAAAAGUCUUCAACGACACUUGUCACGCAAAAGAUGCUUGCCCAGACGGCUACUACAACUGUGAAACAAUCGGCAAUUUCAGUCGGUGCACCCACAGGUGUUACAGCACAAACCAAGAAAAGCUAUGUCAAAAUGGCGCCAAGUGUAAGCUGAGCGAUUCCUUCGAGCCGAUCUGUAGCUGCAAAAGGAGUUUCACGGGCAGGUUCUGUGAGAAGGCGAAGACGUCGUCGGACACGGGGUUGACGACGCCAGAGAUCAUCGGUGUGUCGACGGGUGCCAUCAUCGUGUUGGCGGCGCUCAUCAGCUGUUGUCUCUUCCUGCUAUGCUGUCGUCGCAAGAGCGACAAGAAUAUGGACUACACGUAUUUCGGAGACGAGAAUCAACCCCUGGAAGGAUACAGUGACCAGUCGUCCGCUUUGGGAAUCAGACCCGUGUAUAUCGACAGACCGCACAUCUCGACUGCUCCUCUGGAUAUAUUCAGCUUCAGCAGGUCACAUGACUCCUCUGAAGAUGUUUAGUCAUCAUCCAGAUACUCUCUCUCUCUCUCUCUCUCCUAAAGGAUUCUACACGCCGACUGCGUCUUCGUUACCAUGGAGACGCCACGCAGUACAGAUGUGACGUAACGUAAGAUUAUGUCGCCUGUCUUCUACAUGAUGCCAUCCUUGUUCAACGAGACCACGUGUAUUUCCGCCAAUGAAAACAUUUAAUGUGUCCACGUGAUGUACUUUAAUCCUCAAUCAAUCGCUAAUAUAUAUAUGAAGGAUCCACGGGAAAAAACGAUCAAAGUAACAUUUCUCAGUUUUGAAAACAAUUGAUUUUAAAGGUAGAUGCAACAUGAAUAUGUUUAAAUUCAUUGCACUUUAAGAAAACAGUUUACUUUAUAUUUUCAGGAUGUUAUAGAUGUUAUACAUCAUCUAAUGUGUUUGUUUAUUUUAUUUGUUUUAAGUAUUUUAUUUUAAAUUUGGUGGAGUGAACAUUGAUAAUACUUAUUUCUUUAAAGUUACUAUAUGUUGUUUCAACAAUGUAGACUAUAAACAUUAAUUUUGUUCUAGUAGAACAACAACAAUUUGACCUUUUUCACAAAUAAACAAUAAAACAAUACUGUCGAUAGAUUAAGAUAAUGAAACAAAAUCUCCGUUUCACAAACAUGUGAAUUUCAUUGUUUUUACCUUGGACUCUUCAUAUAUGUUUUCGAAACAAAACUCUAAUAUGCACUUUCAGUGGUUAAAAGGUUCUGUUGUUUGAUAACACGUUACGAUGGCAGGACAGACAGAAGAAUGCCUUAAAACCGUUUGUGUAAACAACAACACGUAGUUUCGUGAGCUAUUGCAUAGCUCGUUCUUUGUUCCGUUAUCGUGGUUAGGUCCUCUAUAGUACCCAUACGCUAUGCACAGGCUAGGCAUGCUUUAACGUUAAGUACUAGAAUAUACAUUUAAAAAUAUCAAGUGAAAUAUCAUAUUACAUCUAACAAAUUGGAAAAUAAGUUAUAGUUGAUAAAGAUAUGGAAAUGUUGAAAACUAUAAAAAGCUCUGUUAUCGUGGUUAGGUCCUCUAUAGUACCCAUACGCUAUGCACAGGCUAGGCAUGCUUUAACAUUAAGUAUAUACAUUUAAAAACACCGGCUACCAGGUCUUCCACAAAAAGUGGAAGCCCAAUAAAUCGUGUUUAACUAUGUGAGCUAUUGGUUCGAAACCAAAUGUAAUAGGUUUGGUAUUCUUAAAAAAGUAUCAUAUUAUAUGUAAACCAAAAUUUAAAAUCUGUUGAAAAAAUAAAAUAAAGCAAAUAGCCAGAGUUAAACUUGAAUAUACGUUUCAAUUCUAUGCAUGCUUUGUUCACUAUAUUUGGUUAGUUCUUUAUUGCAGUGGAUGGUUUUUUUUAGUGUUUUAGAUUAUUUUAUUUUAUCAUUAUUUUAAAAGGGUAGGGUGGGAUGCUUUGCGGAAUGUAUUUUUUGUUCAGUGUAUAAGUCGUUAGUAGGGUUUAUUACUGUUGAUAUUGAUAGUUUACACACGCCUGUAGUUAUAUAUUUAUAUUAUUUAUUGCAACCUUUUUAAGGUGUUUUUAUUUUCAUUUAAGAAAUCUAAUAAUUGUGUAAUGUAAUUCAGUCAACGAGACAUUUGUUUCGAAUUUUCAAAAAAUGGUUACUUGAUUAGCUAUCUUGCUAAAACGGGUCCAAUGAGAAUAAAAUGUAUACUGUUUUGCCUAAAAGAUACAGUGAUAAUACAUAACAGAAUAGUUUAAACUAUUCAUAAAAUAUUAAUAUAAAAAAACAAUAAUCCUUAAAUGUUAACGCAUUUGAGAUUAACUUUAAAUUUAGUAAUAAAAUAUUUAUACAUCAUUGUUUGCUCCAACUAAAACCCAUUCUAGUAGAAACUGUAUUACAAUGCUAUUCAAACCCUUUUGACACAUUCAUCAACCAAAUGGAAUUGUUUUCUUUUCUUUGCUUGCUUAGUUUGUUUAUUUGGGGUUUUGUUUGUUUGUAUUUGUUUUGUUUUGUUUGUUUGUUUGUUUGAGUUUUGUGUGUGUGCGUGCGUGUGCGUGUGCGUGUUGUUUAUUUGGUAUUUUUAUAUACAUAUUUUUGUAUUUAUUAUUUUUAUAAAGAAAACUGGUAUUCGUAAUCGUAUGGAAAAUGUUUCUGCCCAAAAUGUCUGGCACAUGUCAUGGGUUUACACCAAGACGCCGUCUUGCACUUCUGUAAACACCAGAGAUGUAAUUUUCAGUCGAAAAUACCAUACAAUUCGCUUUUUGGACCAUGCACCUUUAACGCAGAUAUUACUAUUUUUUAGAAACACGUAGCCAACAUUUGGCUGGUAUAUCUUUCUGCUCCUCUUUUUAGUAUACUAUACUAUGUAAUAAUUGUCAAUCACUUACUAGGGCACUUGCUCAGGACAGCUUUAUCGAUACAUGUACAGAUGGUUGCUCAAAUCAUAUAUCAUUAUAUUUUAGCAUAAUUUAUUCACUGCACAUCAAACGUGUUGCUAUUUUGUGUAUGAUAGAUGUUAAUUUAUAGGAUCUCUAUGUCUCAGUUAAAUGCUGUUUGUAAUGGUUUAUUUUUGUAUAUGCUAAUCACGCAUGGUGGUGAAUAUAGAUAAAAUUUAAAAAGCACAUGCAUUAGUCAUAUAUGUAAUUGUGGGAUAUAGCUGAAAUUUUACGGUAUUAAACUUUCCGCACCAUACCAUGUUUCUCGUUCAAUUCUAGUUCAGAUACUCCACCAAACUAAUUCCGGGCCAAUAGACUUUUAGGUAAUUCUUUGCUUAUGUCAUUUGUUAUUUUAGAAAGUGUUUAUCACAGAAUACUUGUAAAUAUUCUUCAGUACAGUUUGACACGUACACAAAAAUCAUUAAUGUGAUAGAUUGUUCGUGCAUUUAAGAAAACUAUCGAAAUUCUCUUUGGGUUACAACUCGUUACAUGUUGGUCCGUAGCGGUUCUUGUCAUAUUAUUUGCUCAAAAUGGUUUAAAUCAACACAUUGAAUUAGCAUUCCAAAAUGCCGACACCGUGCAAAGGAAUAACCUGUAUAUAUAAUUUGUUUUACCAUAUUUAAACAAAAACAUAAUGCUUCAAAAUAUCUACUGGCCCCAUAUUGAUUUGGUUUUAGUACAUAUAGUCAAUAUAAUUCUGUCGUAGACAAUUGUCGUCUUCGAAUUUCUCUGUGCCAAUUGUUAUUUUGUAUAUAUGCAAAUAUAUUUCAUGUGUAAAUAGUACAUUAUUAUUAUUUUUGAUACCUGGUGCUGGCGCCAAGGGACCUAGCAAUAUUCCGUGUUAUGUGACGUCAUAAUAUGUAUUACAAUUAAUUGUCUAUUGACGUCAUAAUAUGUAUGCAAUUAGUUGUCUAAGGAAUGUAAUUUUGUGAAUGUAAUCAAUAAAACGUCUUUCCGUUGUUAAUAAAUAUGAAAUGUAUUACUGAAA